AUGAGUAAACAGUUUGAAGACCCGAACGCUAAACCGCGCUGUCUCUGGUCACUGGACAAGUCGUCGACGGCCACUGACCCACACUUUCACGACACACUUACAGCUAAGCCUAAGAUAUUGUCCAAUAUAUUGGAACAGAUCGGAGACACUCCACUCGUGAGGCUAAACAAGAUUCCCAAAGAGUAUGGCAUUCGGUGUGAAGUGUUGGUUAAAUGCGAGUACUUUAACGCCGGCGGAAGUAUUAAGGAUAGGAUCGCCCUUAAGAUGGUCUGCGACGCCGAACGCGAUGGUAUACUUCGAGAGGGAUUCACUAUCAUUGAGCACACGAGUGGUAACACUGGUAUCGGGUUAGCGAUGGCGGCAGCGGUUAAAGGAUACAAAUGUAUUUGUGUUAUGGCAGACAAGAACUCUAAGGAGAAAGAGAAAGUAUUGCACGCUUUGGGCGCUAAGAUUAUCCGCACACCGACUUCGGCCAGUUAUGUCUCCCCUGAGAGUAACGUAAAAGUAGCUCAAAAACUCUGCCAACAGAUUGAAAACUCUGUAAUUUUAAAUCAAUACCGCAAUGUUAAUAAUCCAAUGGCUCAUUACGACAACACCGCUCAAGAGAUACUCCAACAGACAGACUAUAAGGUAGAUAUGGUUGUAGUCAAUGCGGGCACUGGCGGUACAGUUACUGGUAUUGGACGUAAGUUCAAGGAAGUGCUGCCCGAUUGUAAGGUGAUUGGUGUGGAUCCGUUCGGAUCAAUACUCGCACAACCGGAGGACUUGAAUAAAUCGGACACAACUUUCUGGGAAGUGGAAGGCUAUGGAAAACGUGAUUUUAUUUCCACUGUUUUUGAUCAAAGUGUUGUCGACAAGUGGUAUAAAUCUGAAGACAAGUCAUCGCUAGAAAUGGCUCGAAAGCUCAUCGCAAAGGAAGGUCUUCUCUGUGGCGGUUCAUCGGGCAGUGCAGUCGUGGCCGCACUGAAGGCGGCAAAAGACCUUCGGGAAGACCAGAGAUGUGUUGUCAUACUUCCGGAUGGAGUUCGCAAUUAUAUGACAAAGUUUAUGGAUGACAAUUGGAUGAAUGAGAGAAACUUUGCUACAAAUGUUGAGGAGAAUAAUUGGGAACAAAAUCUAUACAAUAUUGAUAUCAAUGAUAAUCAUUGUUACAAUAAAUAA